AUUUAUUACAAAAUUAGCAGUAUUUUUUUAGUUGUUAAAUACUUUAAAAUUUUAUGGAAAUUUUUGCUGUUUUCUUGACUUGGAAUUAUAGCAUUUGUUAAUAAUACUUAGUUUGAAAAAUAAGAAAAUUCUUCUUAGAAUUAUGGAUACCGUGAGUUUAAUUUGCAAGAAUAUUUUUCGAUUGACAGCUAACUCAAUUCGUUUCUUUUUUGCAUUUUCUAACAAUUAAUUUAACUGUAAAUGCCAAAUAAGUUUCAGAAUUAUCCCUUUUUUAUCACAUGCUUAUCCAUUAUAAAUUUCAAAAUGACCACGUCAAAUCAAGCAUUAGUAGUGUACGAUGAGAGUAUAGUACCUCGUCAUUUUUUAAACUUAAGAGAAGUAUCAAUUGGUGAUUUCUCUCUACAAAUUAUCCAGGAUUGGCAAUCAAUUGGAAUAGCGGCUGUAUUAUGGGACUCUGCCAUUGUUUUGGGUGAAUAUUUACAUAAAAACCCUGAUUUAGUUAGAAAUAAGAGUAUUAUUGAGGUGGGAGCUGGAACUGGUUUACCGGGAAUGAUAGCUUGUCGCCUAGAUGCUGCUGAAGUUGUGCUUACUGAUAGAUCAUUAGCUUUAGACUCUUUAAAGAAAAAUGUGGAAGUUAAUUCACUGAACGAAAGUAUAAUUUCAGUCAGGGAACUUGAGUGGGGUGUUAAUCUAAAGGAUUACGAUAAUCACUAUGAUUUGAUUAUUGCUGCCGAUAUAAUUUACAUUGAAGAAACUUUUGAAAAAUUACUGGAGACGCUAAGGCACCUAUCUAGUCAGAAGAAUUUCAUACUUCUUACUUGUAAAAUUCGUUAUCAAAGGGACGAGAAGUUUCUAAAUUUGUUAAAAGAGAGAGAUUUUGUUGUUACGCGCAUUGGCUAUGAUAAAGCUCGUGAUAUUAUACUAUUUAAAAUUACAAAUAAAAGUUGAUAACAGAA